ACAAGUUUGCAUUGCAAAUUGUAGGAGAACCGGGACGUGGUACUUGACAGGGUGCCAUGCGCUGCUGUUAAACUCAUUGGACUGCAAAAUGUGCGGCCAGGCAUCGGUAGCUUACUAGUAUAACUUAAUUAUAUGACUAUUUGCAAUGCAUUUUUAUUAUUCAGAAUGUCUAAUAUCAGUAGUAGCUUUAAAAAAAUAACACCUAGGCGGCAGGGACGGCGCCCCAAUUCCUUAGUCUGGGAACAUUUUUCUCGCCCGUCAAAAGAGGAGGGAUAUUCAUAUGUGAUUUGCAACUUCUGUAAAGAGAAGUUGUCAUACUGCGAGUCUACCGGCAAUCUUUUGAACCACCUCAGAAGAAGACAUGCAUUCAUCAACACUGAUUCAGUGCAUACAUCAAAGUGCUGCGCGGCACUUAGUGCAACACUUUAGAAGGUCAGCAAAAUGCAUGACAGCGUUGCGACGCCAUGCUCAGUCGGCAGACACUGAAAUAAAAAACAUUGAGAUGCCGAUAGACGUUUCAACCAGGUGGAACUCCACAUUUGCUAUGAUAGCAAAUCUUGUGAAAAACCAGUGGAUAAUUCGUUCGGUACUGGCUGAUCCAACAAUUGUCCCACGAGCGACAGCAGUCAGUCUUGAACUAAAGGACAACCACUGGAGCUUGCUGAGAGAAAUUUCUAUCAUAUUGAAACCAUUCAAGACAGCCUCUGAUCACCUUGAAGGAAGUAAUUAUGUGACGAUGUCAUCUUUGCUACCAAUUGCAAAAGGUUUAGUGGGUCAGUGUGAAGAACUCCUUGUCGAUGAGCUUCAGCUAUCGGCAUCAAAGACCUUCUGUUCGACCAUUCUCAGUUCGUUACACACUAGAUUCUCAGAUGUCAUGUCAACUUCAGUACAAAGCGAAGGAGUAAGCAUUUACCACAAGUCCACCUGGUUGAAUCCCUUUCACAAGGGCAAAUUUUUCAGCAGACAGAUGCGAGUCUCGGUGCGGAUAGCUGUUGAAACUGAAGCAGAUACUUCUACGGCUCAGGAUGAAUCACGUCAUGGACCCCUGCCACAAAUGGAUCAUAGUCAAGAGCAAAUGGAAACCGUGAAUUCAUCUAGUGAAAUUCAUGGACUUUUUGAGAGAGGCCUAGAGAACUCUGGCAGUUCUUCAGACUCGGAAAGUUCAAAUAUUGUGUCAGAGGAAAUAGCUUGGUACUUAAAACGAAAGGUUGAUGAAAAAGAGUCACCACCUGCACCAUUGACCUGGUGGGAUAACAAUGGAGCCCGUGCCCCUUUGCUCAAGAGAAUGGCAGUGAAGUAUCUGAGUGUACCCGCAACCUCGGCUGCUUCAGAAAGGGCUUUUUCUUCUGCUGGACUGACUGUUUCACAGUUGAGAUCACGACUAACGAGUGCCCAUGUUAAUGAACUCAAUUUUCUCUACUGCAAUAAGAAAUUGUUGGAGUGAAACAAUAUCUUCUUCAAAUUUUGCCUUUUUCGCGAACUUGACACACAAUAUCGCAGGUUCUGACAGGGGGGGGGUGAUGUUUUAGGCACGAUUUGAAGUUUUGCAUGUUAUUUUGGAAUUUGUUUUCAGAUAACAGAUUAUAUUUCAUUUUCCACUGGCAUUUUGUUUUUGCUGUAAUAGUGUAUUGUUUGGGUGCCAUGUCAGCAUUAGAGGUGACUCAGUUUGGGUAAUUUUUUAGCGAUGAAAAAAAAAAAAAAAAAAACAUUUCCGGAAUCAGAUUCGGAAAGAUUCGAUUCGAAAGUUUUCGAUUCGAGAUUCGAUUCGAAAAAAAAUGUAUCCGGAAGUGGC